AUGGCAGUUAUGGAUAUGAAUGUUACGGUUGAUUGUGCUCUAAGCUGUGAUACUAAGAAGAUAAGUAUAAGAAAUUUGGUUAUUUUUAAAAAUUUUAGUUACUAUGUUAACGCUUUUAAAAUACCUCAAGUCAGUUAUUAUUGUCAAAAUAGGGGUUUAUGUAAAACCAGGCAGAAAAGUAAUGUUCAUCUAAUGGAUAAUAAAAAGAAAAACGAUGAUAGAACAGCAAACAGAACGGUUAAUACGAUCAAAGAUGUACCGAUCUUUUAUAGCUUAGGCAUCAGCGAAAGUUUUUUAAAAAUGUCUAAAUUUACAAAAAUUUUCAUUGGAGCUUGA